AUGUUUAACAGCCGGAAAGCCCAGAAGCCGGAUGGUGAAUUCAUCACCCGCUUCCAGCAGGCAUUCUCAGAUAUUGUGCCCCGGCGAGACAGCCAGGGUGCGCCAAGUGAAGGUUCGCGCACUGCGAGGGUAGCCGAGCAUAUGAUGGAUACGGGAAUGAUGGAUACCGAUGGGAAAAUGGAAAGUCACGAUGUCAAGUUCCCGAUUGUCCCCAAUAAUGACCGCACUCCCCGAAAUAUGCAAGAACUGGGGAUGACCCCCUCGUGGAUGGAGCCCGGGUCGUUCUCCAUGAUGCCUUUCACCAACCAACAUUCUGGCCUUUACACACCAAAUUCCGGUGCAAUGGGCCCAAUUUUCCACAACCAGGCGGGAGAUUUGCAUACUCCCACUGGGAUGCACCUAAUCGCGCCACUUUCUCUCUCGGGCAUGCCUGCACACAAUCUACACAGCAAUGCCUUCGAGCCUUUCCAUCCGCAAUUCAUGAACUCCAUGCACGAGAUCAACCCAUACACACAGCAGCCGUCAUACGCACCAAGCGCAUUCAUGCACCGCGACCCUGGAUAUGACAUCAUGGAUGAUACUCCCGACGACACAUCUACGUCCAUGAAUGAUACUCACGCUGAGACAGCGUCCAAUAUGACCGCCUCUACUGACUUCUCGGCUCACAUGGGUGGUGACUUGGCAUAUACCAAUGGCGAAAAAUUCCGCUUCAACGUGACCCUGCGAGCACCGACUGCGAUGGUGAAGAACCAUACCGAAAUUCCUAUCACAUAUCUCAACAAGGGCCAGGCAUACAAUAUCUCGGUUCUGGACUCGACUCCGCCAAUGAUCUCUCAUGAGCCGGUUCAAUAUAGAACAUUCAUUCGUGUUUGCUUCGAAGAACAAGAACAACGAGCUAGACCGUCAGCCUGUUGGCAAUUGUGGAAGGAAGGCCGAGGUAUCAACGAAGCCCAUCAACGCGGUGGAAAAUUGUUAGCAGUCGAAUAUGUCGAUCCACUUCAAGGCGGUGGCGAUGUCCAUCGACACCGACAAGUUCAGAUUGAGAGUAUGUGCGUCGACGGUUUCUCCGUCACCUGGACUGCCAAUCCCGCAACCGGGGUAGCCGAUUGCAACAUUCCCGUGCGGUUCAACUUCCUUUCCACCGAUUUCAGCCACUCCAAGGGAGUCAAGGGAAUUCCCGUUCGACUGUGCGCCAAAACCGAACUUCUGUCACCGGGCGAGGAGAUAGGCGCAUCACGGGAUACCGAGUUAGCUUACUGCAAAGUCAAGCUUUUCCGGGAUCAUGGUGCCGAGCGCAAACUGUCAAAUGACGUUGCGCACGUCAAGAAGUCCAUCGAUAAGCUGAAGCAGCAGGUUUCACAAGCUGAGCUUGGUGGUGGUUUCGCCAAGCGGAAACGCGGCCAUGCUUCUGGUUCCGUCAAGGGAUCUGACCGUUCUGUGAAGUCUUUGAGCCAGAAGCGCACUUGGUCGAUAGGCUCGGACGAUGGGCCCAAAGAGAAACUCUCUUUAGAAGAUGACCUUCACGCGAAGUUGUCUUCGAUGCAAGAGAUGUUCUCAUCCACCCGCUCGGUCAGCAUCUUAGGGUUGCGCGGUGACACAGCCGACGAUCCUGACUUGUAUCCCAUUCGGCUGUCAAAUGAUGGAGACUGCUCUCCAUUCCAUGGUAUGAGCCGUUCGAACACACGCGGAUUGGACUCUAUAAUGCCUUCUCCACCCAACACCAAUGCCUCUUCUUCGAACUCGCCACCUAUGCCCGCAACAAGGUUAGGAAAGCGCUCAACAACCGUUCCAAGAGUCACAUCCGUCGAUCAAUCCCCGAGGGGUUUCCUGGAGGCCGUGGGUGUUGACUCAACUUACCGUCCUCCCACGGACCGUGCGCCCAAGCCGAUUGCAUGCUUCUAUGUCCGACUCAAUGCUGCAAACUCGCAGCAGUCACAGGAUUACUACCGUGCGAUCUACUUGACGGAACGUACUGUGCAGGAUCUCGUGAAUCAUAUUUCUUUGAAAUACCAGAUCGACUCAUCGACCAUCUCGAGCGUUAUCCAUGUCAACCAGAAAGGACUCCGAGUCAUGGUUGAUGACGAUGUGGUCCGCGAGCUUCCAGAAGGCCAGGACAUGACUAUCGAUAUCUCCGACGCCCCUGGCAGUACUCCUGGCACCUCAGGAACUCUCAUGCAGAUGGAGCUCACUUAUUAA